CAUAUAAAUAAUCAUUUAUAAUAAGUUUACGUAACAUUUUUUAUUUCAGCAUGUUAUAUAGAUCAUUUAUAUUAACAAAGACGCUUCUUUACUUAAUAUGUACGAAAAUAUCGACACAUAAUCUUAUUAUAUAUAUAUUGAUUGAAUCUACGUGCCACCUUUAACGAAACUAAUAGGAAAUACUUUCGCUGUCUUGCAUGCCAAUGAACACCAAGAAAACGUGCCUUGAAUUAAAAUUGUCAUACAUGAAUACAAUAAUAACCCCACCCCUUCAAGAUCCUUGAAGUGUUUCUAUCUAUAUAUACUAAUAGAACGCAAUCAAAAAAAAGGUUUAGUCGAUCUGGUGCCUUAUUUGAGAAUAGAGUGUUACUUCGUAUAAACCAAUAUUUUAUUUAGCCGUUCAUACAACGGACGUGAAGUCUUCAAAGCUUGAUUAGUCGAUUUUUAAAACCGAUCUAUGAUACAAAGGAAAAUCAAAAAGAAACUCCAAAGGAAGAUAAAGGAAGAAUCCAUAAAUAAGAUAAACAUUUAUUUGUUACUUCUUUUCUUUGAAUUUCAAUUUUUUGUUUCGAAUAAAUACAUUCUAAUAAGUUUCAGCAUCGUCAAAUCAACGUGCACUCGUUCUUACGGUAGGAUAUUUUAUUUGUGCAUCAAUAGCACGGAGCCCAUGUACUUAAGGUUUGACGAAACAAUUAAUGUAAAUAUUUGGUAUAUAUAAAUUAUUUAUAAAACGAAGCCUAAUAUAUGUUCCGAAACAAAAAUAAUAAGAUCAUAAAUCUUUUCUUUUGCAUAAAUUUUGGAAUUAUACAUAAUAAUAUACAAGGAACAAUCGAUUUAUGAAUCUAGAAACGAUUUGACGAUUCUCUUAUUUUUCUCUUGGAUAUUUAUCAAUUCUUUCGAAGAGAUCAUAAACAAUACGAAUUAUUGCCAAUGUAUGUGGUCUAUCAACGACUGAGUCAGAUUUUUACAAGUCGAAUGUAGUUUAUCAGGAGAUACAUCACGCGAAAGCAAACUCCAUAAUGUUACCAUCCGAUUUGUGGAUCUGUCUCGCUUGUAUCGAUCUUCCCUCGCGUAAUAAUAUAUGUCUUAAGAAACUAUAUUUAACUUAUAAAAAUUUCACAUAGCCUCGGUGCAGCAUAGUCACUAUUAUAUAAUUGAUAGUGUUUAUUAUUUCUUCAAACUAAAUGAUAAAUUCCUAAGAGAAAAAGGAGAAAUCGUUUCCGUAGUACCAUAAAUCGAAUAAUGAUACUUCUCAUUGUUGAGUUUUCCAACGUUACAUCAAAGAAAAGAAAUAAUCUUAAUACUCUUCUUUAUCGAAACAUAGAUUGCGCUUUACCUUAUAAAUAAUUUGAAACUAGUAAAUACUUACUAAACACUUUGUUGAAACGCAUGUAGACUCUCGUAUCGCCGAUGCACAACGAAUAUAAAACAUUCUGUCGUAAGAGAGAAUAUAUGCGUUAGUCUGACGAUGAUGAAACUUAUCAAGGUUCAUUCUUGAAAAAAAAAGUUAUAGAUAUUUUAUUAUGGAAUAUGAAUUUUUAAAUAGAUAUCUACUUGAUAAUAAAUCUCUGGUUGCCUUUAGAAUCGUUUAGAAUUAUAGAAAAUAUUCAAGUAAUCUUAUCUAGUUUUAAUAAAGGACCAAAUAAAAAAAUGCCUUUCAUUCCAGCACUCACUCCAGCGCUCGUGGAAAAACGCCAUGCCCUUAAGUAAUACACAGAUCUGGGAACUAACAACAUCUAACUCAUGGAUCUAUGUCGUUGCGUUGAUCUUCCUUUACGUUAUAUAUAUUCUGAGAAACUACAUUCGACUCGUUAAAAUCACACUUAGUCUCGAUGGACCACCGGCAUUGCCGCUGAUUGGUAAUAUCCAUUAUUACUUUAAACCAAAUGUUAUGAAUGAAAUGAAAAAAUAUUCCACGUAUAAUAUAAUCAGACUUUGGGUGACUUUUAUACCAUAUCUAGCGAUCAUUCAACCUGAAGACAUUCAAAUAAUACUCAGUAGCUCGAAACACACACGUAAGCCUUUUGUUUAUUCUCUAUUUAGGAAUGUCAUUGGAAAAGGUUUAACAAUAAACGACGGUGAAGCCUCUAAAAUGCAUCGGAAUAUCAUUCAAAAGGCUUUCAACGUUCAUGGACUCGAAAAGUUCGCUGAAAUCUUUGUGGAGCACGCCGAAUAUUUGACAUCAGUAUUACGCGAUAUUGUUAAUCAGGACAUGAAUAUUACUAAAUUAAUCAAUGACGUCAUCUAUAAUAUACAGGCAGAAACUGUCCUAGGCUUAAAAUUGAUUAAAGAGAACAAAAAGAAUAAUGAAACGUGCGAACUGCCUUUCAAAGUGAACGAAAUGUUCGCAUCUUAUCGUUUUAAGAGACCGUGGCUAUUAUUCGAGUCAUUAUAUAAAUUGACUAAGAAGUCGCAAAUUGAUAAGCAACAAUUAGACAAUAAUAUUGCCUAUUGUUACGAUAUUAUUAAAAAGAUAGAAAAAUCUAAGCGUCUAAAUUCUUACGAUAUGACAAACGAUGAAACGCAAACGGAAAACGGAAGGAUGUCUCUGUUGGAGUUCAUGGUCAACAUGAAACAAAAGUAUUCGUAUUUCAAUGACGAAGCCAUCUUAAACGAAUGCAGUACAUUUAUGCUGGCUGGUUUGGAAUCCGUCAGCACGGCAACGGCAUGCAUGCUCUUUCUAUUGGCAAAUCAUUCCGAAUGCCAGAAAAAAUGUGUUGACGAGUUGGAUGAAAUUUACAACAAUAACGCUACUUUAACGUCGUUUAAGUCUUUGAAAGAGAUGAAAUAUUUGGAGAUGUGUAUAAAAGAGACGCUCAGACUUUAUCCCGUCAUACCGGUAAUAGCCAGAUGCCUCACUGAAGAUAUAAAAAUUGGUGGUCGAAUAAUACCGACUGGUACUUCCGUUUUGAUCUCACCUUAUCUUACGCAUCGAAUCCCACGAUAUUAUUUAGAUCCGGAAUCCUUUAAACCAGAACGUUUUGAUCCACAAAACUCUACUGAAAAAUUGCAUCCAUAUGCUUAUAUUCCUUUUAGCGCUGGUCCUAAGAAUUGUAUCGGAUACAAAUUUGCGAUAUUAGAAAUGAAAGUACUCGUUAGUUCAAUUCUUCGAAAUUUUGUAUUGGAACCCAUUGCGAACAAAAAUAAGAUAUAUGUCAAAUAUAGAAUGACUUUACGAGCGCAAGGUGGUCUGUGGAUCAAAUUCAGAUUACGAAAGACAAUGUAAUAUAAAAAAAUGAUUAUGAAGGAAAACAUACUGACAAUGUAUAAUUAAUAAAUAAUUAUUCAUUA